AUGACAGCUGAAUCGCCGAUUAACACUGUACGAGCUUCUGGCCAGCGGGUUUUACAUGAUAAUACUAUAACGGGGAUCGCGACAGCCGCUGAGAACAAACUCCCUGUAGCUGGACUUAGGAAUAAUGGAGAAGCCAAAGAGGAGGAAGAAGCAGGCGGCGCUUCACAGCGGGCCAGCGGAACGGCACGAGAAGAAGCAGCACAGUCGGCUCCCGACACGGCACGGGAAGAGGCACGGUCAGCUCAAGGCGCGGCACGGGAAGAGGCAGAACCGGAAAUGGUGGUGGAGGGGAGUGGGGGAGAGGCUGGAACGACGCCAGGCGAGGCGCAAGGGCAGGGAGAAGGCGACGGGAGGGUUGGCGCAGAAGCGGGGGCAUCGGUCAAAGACGAGGAGAGCGGGGGAGCGGAGCGGCAGGAAACUACAGCAGAAGAAGAAACCGAGGCGGAUCAAGCUUCCCCAGAAGGUCAGGGCUCCGCACAGGCAGAUGGGGGGACUGUCGGCAAUGGAGAUGGUGCCGCCGCUGGUGAUGGUAAAUGCGGUGUCAGUGAUGCUGGUAAUCGAAACAAUAACCUUCCGAGCACGCCGCUUCCCACUCCGCCUGAUGUUCGCUCGCCCUCUGCCACUCGCGUCUCGCCCGGGUCGCCUGCUGGGGCUGACGCUGACGCUGCUGCUUUUACGCCUAGUGCUCCGGAUGCUCUAACGUUUGAUGAUUUAGACUUCGAAACUCCUGCGACGGGCGUCAGCACACCUUCGACAGCCGUCAGCACUCCUGCUACAGCCGUCAGCACCCCUGCUACAGCCGUCAGCACUCCUGCUACAGCCGUCAGCACCCCUGCUACAGCCGUCAGCACUCCUGCUACAGCCGUCAGCACUCCUGCUACAGCCGUCAGCACCCCUGCUACAGCCGUCAGCACUCCUGCUACGGCCGUCAGCACUCCUGUUGACACCCCGAACACAACAGCCACCGCCACUCCUGCGGCCACCCUCUCUGCCACCCCUGCCGCUACCCCCUCCGCCACUCCUGCCGCCACCCCCUCCGCCACUCCUGCCGCUACCCCCUCCGCCACUCCUGCCGCCACUCCUGCAAUCCUCUUCGCCUCUCCUGCACCUGCAGCGGACAGCGUCACCACUCCCUUAGCCUCGCCGCUUUCUGCUGCUCCCUCUUCCACCCUUCCUGCUGCCACUCCCUCCGCCACUCCUGCUGCCACUCCAGCCGCCACUCCCGCAGCCACUCCCGCCGCCACUCCUGCUGCCACUCCCUCUGGCACCCCUGCAAUCCCCUCUGGCACUCCUGCACCUGCUGCGGAAAGCGUCACCACCCCCUUGGCCUCGCCGCUUCCUGCCACUCCCAUUCCCACCCCUCCCGCAGCCACCCCCUCCGCUACUCCUGCUGCCACUCCCUCCGGCGCCUCUGCAAUCCCCUCCGGCACCCCUGCUCCUGCAGCGGACGGCGUCACCACUCCCUUAUCCUCGCCGCUUCCUGCCAAUCCCACUCCCACCCCUUCUGCUCCUGCUCCUACUCCUGAUGCUCCCAGUCCUCUUCUUCCACCUUCUCUUUUUCACACCCCUGCUGCUGCAAGCCCUUGUAACGAUGCUUCCCUCCCAACCCCAUUGCCUGCUCCCUCCCCUCUCCCUCCUACUGCCGCGCCAUACCUGGGCAAACUGGUUCGGAAGAGGUUCGGCGACGUGGUGUUUCUGGGUCGGGUGUUUAAGUACGACCGGGAGGAGGGGUGGUACAAGGUUCGGUACGAGGAUGGGGACUUGGAGGAUUUGGAGGAGGGAGAGGUGGUGGCGCUGCUGCUGGGGCAAGAGGAGGAGAAGGCGGCUGCUGCGGAAGUUGAUGCCUGGCCGCAGCAGAAGCGCGAGGCGUUCUAUAGUGAGGCAGAGGAGCCGGUGUUCGUUGAAGGCAUGGCGGGGAUGGAUGGGGGAGACGGGGGUGCAGGAGGGGGAGAUGCGGCAGCGGGAGGGGGAGUGGGAGUGGAAGGAGGGGCGGAGGUGGCGCGUAAGGGGAAGGCGGAAGGGCAGGAGCAGACAGAAAAGGCGGAGCAGGGGUCGGCAGCGGGCGGUGUUUGCAUGGUGGCAGCAGAGGUUGGAGAAGGGGCUGAGAUCGUAGCUAAGAGCCCUGCUGCUGCUCGAAGCGCUGCCACAAGCCCCAUUGAAGGGCUUGUGAGGAGCCCUGCUAAGACCCCUUCUAAGAGCGAUGCUAAGAGCCCUGCCAAGACCCCUCCUAGGAGUGGUGUCAAGAGCCCUGCUAAGUCCCCUGCUAAGAGCCCUGCUAAGAGCCCUGCUAAGUUCCCUGCUAAGAGCCCUGCUAAGUUCCCUGCUAAGAGCCCUGCUAAGUUCCCUGCUAAGAGCCCUGCUAAGUUCCCUGCUAAGAGCCCCGCCAGAACCCCUACCAAGGUUGCUGCCAGUACGCCUCCUACCAGGGCUGCCAGGGGCGCCGCUAAGAGCCCAGCCAAGACUCCUCUUAUGUCCCCUGCCAAGAGCCCUGCAAGAACCCCACGCAAGAGCCCUGCCACGAGUGCUGCUAAGUCUCCUGCUAAGAGCCCUGCCGAGAUCCCUCUGAAGCGCCCUGCUAAGAGCCCUGCUAAGUGCCCUGCUAAGUUCCUUGUUAAGACCCCUGUCAAGACCCCUAUGAAGAGCCCUGCUAAGAGUCCUGCCAAAAGCCCUGCUAGGACGCCUCUCAGGAGCGCUGCUAAGAUCCCUGAAACGAGCCCUGCCAAGAGCCCACGGCUCAGUUCUGGCAAGGAGACGCCCAGAAAGAGACAGGCCGAGGCAGCUGCAGAGGGGGGCAGUGCUGCUAAGAGCCCUGCUAGGACCCCUCUCAGGAGCGCUGCUAAGAUCCCUGAAACGAGCCCUGCCAAGAGCCCACGGCUCAGUUCUGGUAAGGUGACGCCUAGCAAGAGACAGGCCGAGGCAGCAGCAGAGGGGGGCAGUGCUGCUAAGAGACGGUCCCUUGGGAGUCAGUCCGUGGGUAGUAGCAGUGUGGGUCGCAGCACUGCAAAGGCAGAUGCUGCCAAGGCUGCUAUCGGGGGUGCUUGGGAUGCCAUGAUAGGGACGGGCAGGCGGGCGGCAGGAGCAGGGAGGAGAGCAGGGGCGGUGAAGUGGGUGACGCCGGUAAGACGGGGCGGCAGAGGGGCGGCAGGGGGUGUCGGGGUUAUGGGGCGGGCGGCAGGGGGAGUGGGGCGGGCGGCAACAGGAGUGGGGAAGAGGAAGAGCAAGAGUUUUUCGAGGCGUGUGUCUGAGGGCGUGGGGGUGACACCAGUGAGGCUUUUGCUGGGGGGGCAGAGAGCACAGGGUGAAGCAGCAACACCGGGCAAAGCAGGGACACUGGGCAAGACAAGGACACCAGGCAGAGCAGCGACACCAGGAAGAGCAGGAGGGGCAGCUAAGGCAGCUACAGCAGCAACGCCAGGGAGAGUAAAAACCCCUCUUUCCCGAGGCAGGGUUCCGGUCCGCCUGUCCUCCCGCCACGCGCUCACAGCAGUGGCAAGGCCCCGAGUGCUAACCAGGCGGCUGUCAGUGGAAUCGAAGCGCCUCUCCCCUGCCUCCUCUCUGCCGCCUCCUCCCGCUCUUCCUACUGCUCCUUCCCCUCCACCUGCUCUCGCCUCUCCUGCUGCCUCCACUCCCUUGACCCGCCGUACACGAGUGAGUGAUAGGCUCUCAGUCACUCCCACGCAGGCAACACCUGAGGUGCCUCAAAAGUCGUCAGUCACUCCCAGGCGCUCCAGUGCAGGGGCAGGAGGGAGAGGGUCUGCUGCAGUGGUAGCAGCGGCAGAAUCGCCUGUCAGAGCACCUGCUACGACCCCUGCCAAAUCUCCUGCCGCGACCCCUGCCAAAUCACCUGCCGCGACCCCUGCUAAAUCACCUGCCAAGUCCUCUCCAAAUUCACCUGCCAAGUCCCCUGCCAAUUCACCUGCCUAUUCACCAGCCCAAUCCCCUGCCAAGUCACCUUACCGAAGAGCGAGCAGGUUCGCCCCCAAACCAACCAGUGCGUCCACGUCUGCAUCGCCUGCGGAUGCCCCUUCCAAAUCACCUGAGAAAACACCUGAGAAAGCACAAAGCAAGGGGAGGAAGACCAGAGGCUCACGUGAACCUGCUGCGGGCCCUGCUGUUGCUGCUUCCAGCCCUGCUGGUUCCUCGGGAAUUCCAGAGGAAAGGCCCCUGAGCCGAAGGGCAGCAGAAACAGGCCAAGUGAUGGUAGUGGAAGAGGAGGAAGAGGAAGAGGAGGAGGAAGAGGAGGAAGAGGAGGAGGAAGAGGAGGAGGCAGUGGUACUGGUGAGUGAGGUGCAACCAGUGCGAGGAAGGAGGGUUCUCCAGGGAGUGGCAGGGGAGGGAGAUGUGCGAGAAGGGGCAGUGGAAGUGGAGGGAGGGGGGUCUGGUGGGCGCAGUGGUGGAAGGGGAGGAAGAGGGAGAAGGGGAGGAAGGGGAAGAAAGGCUUUGGAGGGAGUGGCAAGGGAGGGAGAUGUGCAAGAAGAGGAAGUGGAAGUGCGAGUGGAAGCAGUGGGGACUCCUGCGCCUGGUGGUGGGAGGGGCGGAAGAGGAAGGAGAGGGCGCGGGGGGAGAGGGACUGGGAGAGCCCGAGGUGCAACGGAAACAGCAGCUGCUGCUGCUGCGGAAGCAGCAGCACAGGUGCCGGUGGUGGUGGAAGAGGAGGAAGAAGAGGAAAGGGAAGUGGGAGUGGGAGUGGAGGCAGUGGUGUCUCCUGCGUCUGGUGGUGGGAGGGGAGGAAGAGGAAGGAGAGGGCGCGGGGGGAGAGGGGCAGGGAUGAGGGCACGAGGAGCAAAGAAAGCAACUGAGCCAGCUGCAGCAGCAACUGUGGCGGACGAGGAGGAAGAGGAGGAAGAGGUGCAAGUGUUGGGAGAGGAGGGAGAGGAGAAAGAGGAGGGAGAGGAGGGAGCAGUUGGAAGAGCUGUGGAGGGGGUUGAAGAAGUGGGCAACUUGGAAGCUGGGGUUUCUGGUGGGCGUGGGCGUGGAAGGGGAGGAGGGAGGAGAUUGCGAGGGGGGAGAUUGCGAGUGGGGAGAGGGGCAGGGAUUAUGGCUCGAGGAGCAAGGAAAACAAGUGAGCCAGCUGCAGCAGCAGCAGCAGCAGCAGCAGCAGCAGCAGCAGCAGCAGCAACUGCGGCAGCAGAAGUGACUGCUUUGGAGGAGGAGGAAGAGGAGGAAGAAGUGCAAGUGGUGGGGGAUGAGCGAGCAGUUGAGGCAGGGAAAGAUGGGGAGGGGGUGAAAGAAGUGGGGGAAGUAGAAGCAGGAGUUUCUGGGGAGGACGAGGAAGGAGAGGGCGAGGAGGGAGGGGUGUGCGAGUUGCGGGGACUAGGGAAGCACGAGGUGCAGCAGCAGCAGCAGCAGCAGCAGUAG